CAUUUUAAUUCAAAAUUGCGUGAUGUUUUAAAAUAUCGAUGCUAGAAUGGACUUUUAUGUCACAAUGUGAUCAGAUCUUGAGUUAAUUAUAGUCACAAACAAUUUUACACUGAGUAUUGUAUUUGUUGAAAAGUAAUUUUACAUUUUAUGAUUCGCCUUUAGUACAAUCCAUGUUUAUAACAGGAUGUCGUCGAAAAAUCAACAAACAAAGAGGACACCACGAGCCAUGCCAGUGGAGACGAUAAUAACACGUUACAAAUCAGCCCAACAGAAAAAAACACAGGAACCGGAACAGAAAAAGGUGAUUAGGAACAAUAAAAAAAAUAAAACCGCAAAGAAGCCAGCGCUACCACAGAACGAGAAGAAAAAUAGAUUACAGGAAAUGAAACAGCUCAUAGAGAAUACAGAAUUCCAUCCGAAUAAACACAAACGGCACAUAAAACCGAAGAAAAUAGUGCUCAUACCAAAGAACUGUCUGAAAAUGGUCGGCGGGACAAAAAGUAGCAACAAACGGAAGCUGCACAUACCGAGGAAGGAACCUAGUAACACAUUGUCCGAUGCCUUGAUGAACAGUAUGGAAACAAAUUCAAAUAUAAGUUUCCCGGAGUUGAUCAGAGUCAUUGAGGAGAGCGGGAGUUUGGAUGAUGAAGAUUUCUUGGAGAUCCUGACCUGUCCCAGCCCCGUCUGGUGGGAAGAUCCGCCCCAUGGAUAUAUGGAAGAAGCUCUAUAUUCAAGAUCGCCCGAGGAAGAUAAAAGUCGUUGUCAAAAUGAAGAAAAGACAGACAAUGUUGGUUGUAAUUUAGCAAACGAUCUAGUCAUAAACGUGAUAGAUCGAAGCAAGAACUUCAUUAAGAAGAGAGGUAAGUUGGAGACGUUACUGAAGAACAUGCGGGAGAAGAUUACUAAACCGGAAAUUGAUAACCAGAAGAAUUCUGAUAGGAUUAACGAUGAUUGCUCUAUGGAGUUGAGGGACGACGAAGUUUUGAAACAUCUGGAGAACAUAAAAAUACCAAUAGCCGAAGACGACAAAGCGAAAACAUCGGACGAGGACUUCGAUAAGAACAUGCCCAUUGACGAGGAGUAUCUCGACAUGAGCUACUUCGAAGACAGCUACGAGGACAUCAAAGACAUAUCAAAAACUGAAGCGAAACAGGAAAGAUACUUCAAACAGAUACAAAAAGAUAAAGAUAGACAAGAGGAAUAUGUAGCGGUGUACAAGAUCAUAGAAUCUGAUGACGAUGCGGACACGAACGAUGGUAAUAUGAAGGAAAAACAGAUCAGUUCGUAUUACAGACAGAAGAAAUUCAAGAGCAAGUCGAAUAAAUGCAGUUGUUACAUGAACAAGUCAAUCAAAGUGUCAGAUUCUGUGAAAUAUUGUUUGGUGUGUUCGUCGAUAAACGACACCGAUGAAUGCAAAUACUGUAUGGGAAAAUUCACAGGGAAGUGUGUGUGUGAUAGGUACACUUGUGAUGUCUGUAACGUGAGAGUGGAGAGCAAGAGAGAUCUGGUCGACCAUUUGAAGCAUUGUGUUAAGUGAUAGCAUAUUAUUGUCUAAAUUUUUUGAUCAAAUUCUUUGAUGUACUAACGUUUGUCUUUGUACAUAUAUCGCAUGGGAUUAUUUUGUUUUAAAUGCCCUUCAUUAUAAAAGUACUGAUUUAUCUGUAUAUUUGUUCUCGGUAAUAAAAUUUUCCAUUCAAAUGUUCAA